AUGCCUUUUUUCAAAAUUAAAACUGAUAAAAAGUCAUCAACAACAAAAAAAACUACUGCUACUACUACUGCAGCUACUCCCGUUGCUGCUACUGCAGCUGCUGCAGUGGCUGCAGCUGCUUCUAAUAGUAAUUCGACAAGAGAAGCAAGAAUUGCUGAAUUUUAUGCCCGAAAGUCUGUUGCUAGCCGGGGUUCGUUAUCGCAUCUACAACAGCUACAACAACAGCCACAACAGUUACUACAACAACCACAACAACUACAACUGCUACUACAACAGCCACAACAGUCACAACAACAACCGCAACAUCGGCAGCUUCAAAAUUUAUUUAUAUCUCCAUUAUUAGAACUGGAAUCUAAUUCAGCAGCAGCUGCAGCAGCUGCAGCUGCAACCACCACAGCCACAGCAGCAGCAACGCCAACAGUAACCUAUUUCGUUGAUUUAAAUGGCAAUUAUUUAGCAACUGACUCUGGGCAACAACAACUACUACAUCAUCAGCAACAUCUACAACAACAUCUACAACAACAUCAACAACAACAUCAACAGCAACAUCUACAACAAAAUCAUCAACAACAAAUUUCUUCAAGUCUUCGAGGUCCGCCUCAUCCUAAUUCCUCCAAUAACUCUUUGAGGAUCUCCACAAUGACCUACAGGCAGUUUCAAGAACAGCAGCGACAACAACAACUACAACAGCAGCCACAACAGCAGCCACAACAGCAUCAGCCACAACAGCAUCUAAUACUGCAACAACAACAACAACAUAUAGACCAGCAACAACAACAAUCGCCGAGUUUCGUCAUCUUACAGCCGGUUGAUGGAGACGACCCAAUCCCACUCAAUCAUCAUCACCACUACCAUGAUUACGACUACCUACAACAACAGCAACUAUUGGACUAUUAUCAUAACUUGGCUCAACAACGACAGCAUCAUCAUCAACAACAACAACAACAGCAACAACUUCCGCAGCAGAUGUUGUUGUACAUGGAAUCUCCACUGCCAACAUCAGCAACAACGCCAACAACAAUAUCACAACAAGCUGAGGCAAGCGUCUAUGAUGACGAUGAUGGCGACAACGACGAUGAUGAUGAUGAUGACGUCAUAGUUGACGCUGACGCAACCAAUAAUGUUGGAGGUGACUAG